AUUAAAACCCCCUUUCCUUUUUUAUCCUACUUGGCUACACCUCAAAUAAGUACUUCUUCCCUCUCUUCUUCUUCAACCCCACAACUCUCUCUUCUCCAAAUUGUUUUUUAGAAAAAAAGGUGUUGUUUUUAUCAUACCCAAAUUCCAGUUUGUCCAUUCAUGUUUUUUGAGCUGAAAGUUUGAACAAUUGUAGAGGUUUUUUUUUGAAGAGAUUUGAAGAUUUUAUAAGGUGGUCGUGAUAUUUCUUUGUUGGAUAAAUAUUUGGUUUAGUAGUUGAUGGCAUCACCAGACUUGCAUACCUCUUGGCUAUCAGCAGCUGUUGAAUCUUUUGGUGGAUCCUUCAACAUACGCAUAGAAGAAGGCGCAGCUGACAGUGUCGAAUUUUUUGAAGAUCCAACAUCUCCUGUUUGUAAUCUACCUACAAAUAUUCCGAAACCUCCUCCAGUUCCUGGUAAAAUUCCGUCAAGAGCCACUAUUCCUCGGCUACUUGCUAAUUCUGAUUGUGUCCCAAAAGAUACAUGGGACAGGCUCUUCAAAGAAGGAUUUGGUGCAGAUGUACAUGUAAUUACAGAAAAUGGAUCAGUUAUUCCAGCUCAUCAUGCCCUUCUGACUGUUGCAUCUCCAGUUCUGGGAAAUCUUCUGCAGCAAUCCAAAGUAAGGAAUGGUAUUAGAUGCAUAAAAAUCGCUGGGGUACCUCAUGACGCGGUCUAUGUAUUCAUCCGUUUCCUCUACUCAGCCUGUUACGACGAAGUAGAUGUAAAGAAGCUUGUUCUGCAUCUGUUGGUCUUAUCACAUUUCUACUCAGUACCAUCACUUAAAAGAGUGUGCAUAAACUAUUUGGAGCAGGGUUGGUUGAACUCAAAUAACGUAAUAGAUGUGCUUCAGUUGGCGAGGGACUGUGAUGCAUCACGGCUUACUCUCUUUUGCAUUCGUAUGGUCGUGGGAAACUUCAAGAGCAUAUCAUCUACUGAGGGUUGGAAAGUAAUGAGACGUGCUAAUCCCACACUUGAACAGGAACUUUUAGAAUUUGUUGUUGAAGCUGAUACGAGAAAACAAGAUAGGCUGAAGAAAAUUGAAGAGAAAAAGGUGUAUUUACAACUGCAUGAAGCUAUGGAAGCUCUGGUUCACAUUUGCAGGGAUGGGUGUCGAACUAUUGGACCUCGUGACAAGGUGCUUAAAGCAAGCCAAGAGGCCUGUAGUUUUCCUGCAUGCAAGGGGCUGGAGUCUCUGGUCCGUCAUUUCUCUAAUUGCAAAAUUAAAGUUCCUGGUGGAUGUAUACAAUGUAAGCGAAUGUGGCAGAUUUUUGAGCUACAUUCACGCAUUUGUGAAGAACCCGACUCUUGCAAAGUUCCUCUUUGUAGUCAUUUCAAGGUGAAAAUGCUGCAACAGACCAAGAGGGACGAGGUGAAGUGGAAGGUGUUAGUAAGCAAAGUGAGAGCAGCAAAGAAUGCUGUGAGUUUAUUCUCAUCUCGACGACGGUUAUCUUUUUAAUGACCAUAGAAUAGUGUUACAUGAUGCGCAUAUGGCCAAUAUUUUAGCUGGUCAUAGAAGCUGUGUUAAUUACAGCUAUUCACAUAUAGAAUAAUGUAACCAUUUCUAUUUCUGAUUAAUUUAUGGCCUAAAUUUAUGGUCAGUUCUCUUUCCAUAGACAAUUGAUACAAAAAGUUCAAAAAUAUAGCAACUCUAUGUAUUUUCUAGAGUUGAAUGUUAUCAUAUUUUGAAUGAAACAAGAAGAGUAUUACUAUUUCUUAUAA